AUGAGUUCAGUUUGUCGUGAGCAGUUGAAGUGUUUGGUUGUUCGGUUUGGUCGGUCGUAGCAUUGUUUUUGUGCCGAUUUUUCGUCAUGAAUGGUCUAGUGGAUCAAAAAUUUAAUAUUCGUUUGGUGGAAACGGUGAAAAAAUAUCCAGUUAUAUACGACUGUAACAUUAAAGGAUACAAAAAAAUACCUUGCGUACUUCUCAGACGAAAAGCGUGGAAGUCUAUUGGGAAGGAGUUAAAUUGUGAUCCAAAAACAUUGCACCAAAAAUGGCACCAAUUCCGCAAAUAUUUUUCGCAUGUAAUGCUAUUAAAGCAAAGGGGUGAAAAUGCACCGUAUUAUUUAUCCGAACACCUAAAGUUUCUAAUACCGUAUUUGAGAAUCACACACGAGUCCGUGGCGUCGGAUUCAAGCAUUGAGGAAGUCAACCAAAACGAGAUAGACUCAGCUGAAGAGGUAGAGGAGAUGGACCAAGACUUAAUGCAUCUUGACAGUCAUUCCAAUGAUGGGGCUAUAAGCGAUGAGGCUGAUGUUGAAGUCACCGAACCUCAUUACAAUCAGAAUAGAAGAAGCGAAGUAGUUUGCAAUAGAAACGCUACUCUACCACCAACACAUGUUGCUCCAUCUUCCACUGGAAUUGCUGAACUUGAGCAAUUUUCAGCAAAAGGAGAUCCAAAACUACAGUUUUUAUUGAGUUUGUUGCCAGACCUAAACGUAAUGACCAACGCAGAAAUGCGACAAUUUAAGUGCAAAGCUCAACAGUUGGUUGAUGAAAUUUUAAACUAAAAUUAUAAUUAAUACCGUUACACAAUUAGUUUAUAAAAUAAAUUUAAAUAUUUUCUCUUUCUUUUGUUAUUAAUAUAUUGAAAUUUUUCGUGAAGGAAUACAAUCGAAAUAUAGGGCGAGUUACAAAACGUCAAAACAUGCCAAAACCGCAUCAUUACAAUGCAACCCUGCAUUCUAUAAAUUUGCCUUGCAACAAUACUUUGCAAACUCUGACAUUUUGGAACGCUUUACGGUGAAAUGGCUAAAAUAUAUAACAGAUCAAAAUUACUAUAAGUAAUAUAAUGAAAAACAAACAUCAGAAAUCUUAGAUGCGCAGUUUGCUUUUGUUUGUACAACGUUUUGGAACCUGAUAGACUAUAUGGAAGAACGACGGAGUUUGCCCUAAAAGAAACUAUAAUUUCAAUGAAAGAAUUUACAAAUGUAUAUGAUGGACAGAGGUUAUGGUCAUAUCGAUCUAUGUACGUUAUGUUGAGCGGAACCGUUCGUUGGCAGUGUAUUGGAGCAGUGCGAAUACUAUCAAGGGCUUUUUCAAAUUUCUGUUCUGUUUUUAUAAAGCAUAACUGACAUAGCUAAAUUGGAGCGUUCGGCGAAGCGUUUUCUAAUGUCGAGUGGCAACGGAUGUUGGUCGUACCAGGAUUUUAACCCGAGUCUUAUUUUGCUUAUUUAUCGGACUUGAAAAUCA